GGGGGCGGGCGCUGCGCGUGCCGGGCGGAGAAGCGGCGCGAGCCGGGCGCUGCGAACGUUCGCCGCGGGGGUGGCUCCGGGGCCUGAGUAGGCGCCGCCGCUGCCUCAGCCGAGGGGGCCGGGCCGGAGCGUGCGGAGGAGUGAGGCCGCAGGAGACCUUCCCGACGACCCCUGCUCCGGCGGGGAAGUGAGCAAGGAUGAUUGAGGAAAGUGGGAACAAGCGGAAGACCAUGGCAGAGAAGAGGCAGCUGUUCAUAGAAAUGCGUGCUCAGAAUUUUGAUGUCAUACGACUAUCAACUUACAGAACAGCCUGCAAAUUACGAUUUGUACAAAAACGAUGCAACCUUCAUCUUGUUGAUAUCUGGAACAUGAUUGAAGCCUUCCGAGACAAUGGCCUUAAUACACUGGACCAUACCACCGAGAUCAGUGUGUCCCGCCUUGAAACUGUCAUCUCCUCCAUCUACUAUCAGUUGAACAAGCGCCUUCCUUCUACUCACCAAAUUAGUGUGGAACAAUCUAUCAGCCUCCUCCUCAACUUUAUGAUUGCUGCAUAUGACAGUGAGGGCCGAGGCAAGUUGACGGUAUUUUCAGUUAAAGCUAUGUUAGCAACCAUGUGUGGUGGAAAAAUGCUGGACAAAUUGAGAUAUGUUUUCUCCCAGAUGUCAGAUUCCAAUGGCUUAAUGAUAUUUAGCAAGUUUGACCAGUUUCUGAAGGAAGUUCUGAAGCUCCCAACAGCUGUCUUUGAAGGGCCAUCUUUUGGUUACACAGAGCACUCAGUCCGCACCUGUUUUCCACAGCAGAGAAAGAUAAUGCUAAAUAUGUUUUUAGACACGAUGAUGGCUGACCCUCCUCCCCAGUGCCUUGUCUGGCUACCUCUCAUGCACAGGCUUGCCCAUGUUGAGAAUGUCUUCCAUCCCGUGGAGUGCUCCUACUGCCGAUGUGAGAGUAUGAUGGGUUUCCGGUACCGAUGCCAGCAGUGCCACAACUAUCAGCUCUGCCAGAAUUGCUUUUGGCGUGGCCAUGCCGGCGGCCCUCACAGCAACCAGCACCAGAUGAAGGAGCAUUCCUCUUGGAAAUCUCCUGCAAAGAAGCUGAGCCAUGCAAUUAGUAAAUCUUUGGGGUGUGUACCCACGAGAGAACCCCCGCAUCCUGUUUUUCCUGAGCAACCAGAGAAACCACUUGACCUUGCACAUAUAGUUCCUCCUCGCCCUCUGACUAAUAUGAAUGACACCGUGGUUAGCCACAUGUCCUCUGGAGUGCCCACUCCCACCAAGAGGUUACAGUAUAGCCAGGAUAUACCCAGUCACUUGGCCGAUGAGCAUGCGCUGAUAGCCUCCUAUGUGGCCCGUCUGCAGCACUGUGCACGUGUUCUGGACAGUCCUAGCCGACUGGAUGAGGAACACCGUCUUAUAGCUCGCUAUGCUGCCCGGCUGGCCGCAGAAGCAGGAAACAUGACUCGUCCUCCCACUGACUUGAGCUUUAACUUUGAUGCCAACAAACAACAAAGACAGCUUAUUGCAGAACUGGAAAACAAAAACAGAGAGAUCCUUCAGGAGAUUCAGCGUCUCCGCCUGGAACACGAGCAGGCCUCCCAGCCCACCCCUGAGAAGGCACAGCAGAACCCCACACUGCUGGCAGAGCUGCGGCUGCUGAGGCAAAGGAAGGAUGAACUGGAGCAGAGGAUGUCGGCCCUGCAGGAGAGCAGGCGGGAGCUGAUGGUCCAGCUGGAAGAGCUGAUGAAGUUGCUGAAGGCUCAGGCCACAGGGUCACCACAUACAUCGCCCACCCAUGGAGGCGGCCGGCCGAUGCCCAUGCCAGUGCGCUCCACGUCUGCCGGCUCCACCCCCACCCACUGUCCGCAGGACUCGCUGAGCGGAGUCGGGGGAGACGUGCAGGAGGCCUUCGCACAAGGUACGAGGAGAAACCUCCGCAAUGACCUGCUGGUGGCAGCUGACUCCAUCACCAACACCAUGUCAUCCCUGGUGAAGGAGCUCCAUUCAGCACUGUUUCUCAACCCCCAUCAGAAGCACGGCCCCGCUCUGUACACAUAAACAGAAGAGGCGACAGCCUUCAGGAUGACCUCACAGAUAAUCGAAUCCUAGAAUUGGAAAGGAUCGAGGCCACAGGCACAGUGGCUCACACCUGUAAUCCCAGCACUUUGGGAGGCUGAGGCAGGUGGAUCACCUAAGGUCAGGAGUUCGAGACCAGCCUGACCAACAUGGUGAAACCCCGUCUCUACUAAAAAUACAAAAUUAGCCUGGCAUGGUGGUGCAUGCCUGUAAUCCCAGCUACUCGGGAGGCUGAGGCAGGAGAAUCGCUUGAACCUGGGAUGCAGAGAUUGCAGUGAGCCAAGAUUGCGCCGCUGUAGUCCAGCCUGGGCAACAAAAGCAAAACUCCAUCUCAAAAAAAAGAAAAGAAAAGAAAAGAAAAAAAUUGUAAAGGAUGUUAGAAGUCAUUUAAUCCAACUUGCCACCCAAUAAAACAGUCCUCUGAAUAUUUCCAGCGAGCUCAUUCAUGACCAACUCUAAUCACUGGAAACUUCUUCCUCAGUGGGGAGCCAAAAUCUCACUUUCUGUAACUGAUUUAUAUCCCUGUCCUCUAAAGCUACCCAGGAUAAGCUCAGUCCCUCCUCUGCAGGCUCGCCUUUCACGGGUUGGAUGGCAAAUGACAACCCUUCCUAGUUUUCUCCUCUGUAGACUGCUACACCCAAUUCCUUCAACCUUUCCAAACGUGACAUGGUUUUCUCUUACCAGCCUGCUUGACCAUACCAGGAUGUGGCCAUUUUCCAAGGCUCCUAUUCAAAGUACAUGCCCGGGGCCCAGCACCCUGCUCUCCAUCACAGGGGAUCUUGUCCCUGCAGAGCACAAGGCAUCUGUGACCCUCUCGAGUGUCCCCUGGAAAAGCACCUUAGACAGCAUUAGCACUUCCCACAUAGCCACUUUGCACUGUGCGGUCAUUUUAAGUUUAUCAUCAGCUAAAACAUACGGAUUUUUUUUUUUAACAGAACCCCGUGUUAAUCUAGGUAUUCCCCCACCAUAUAUUGUAUGGUCACUUUCUUAAACCUGAAUGCAAGACAUUAGAUGUCUCCCUGGUCAUCACCACCUGAGGGCAGACAGGCAUAGAACAGCGGCACGCAACCCCACACUGCACGCCCCCAGCCCUGGUCAGGAAAGUGAGCGAUGUGACUGCACUGCUCCCUUUGGGCUGUGGUCUUAUGGGCUCCUAUUCAGCAGUGCUGGGGCGUGGGCCGCACAAGUGCAGACUGUGAGCUGAAGCACCCUCAGAGGCCUGCAGCCAGGAGCUGUUAGCUAGAGUUUCCUCCCAAGCCUCAGCAGUUGCUUUGUUCACCCUCCUUCUGUACUUGUCCUGUGCCGAAGGGUCACUGG